CGCAUCCUCUAGUCAUUCAUCAUAAUUCGUCGAUGAACGAGCUGGUUGUGAAAUAAUAUCGGUUGAUUCAAUAAAUCCAGUACAGGAUUUCAUUUGAAAGAAUUGACUCAGAAGCUCUUCGGUGAAAAAAAUGUCUGAUUCUACGAAGAAAAACAACGCCAUUUCGGACGCAGUCCGUGAGAAAGGCAACAAAUGCUUCUGCAAAAAAGAAUAUUUUGACGCAUUGCGCUUGUACAACGAAGCAUUAAGAUAUGCAGAAGGUGACAGUAAACAGAUGGGAUUGGCUUAUGCGAAUCGCUCUGCGGUAUUUGUGAAGACGAAACUGUACAAAGCGUGCUUGGAGAAUAUACAAUUGGCGAAGGAACAUAAUUUUCCGCACGAGAGACUUUCUAAACUGAUAAGCCGUGAAAAUGAGUGUAAGGCCUCGAUUAGUGAACCGAUGGAAGAAGCGUGGAACGAUUUCUUCAAACUAUCCUACCGACCGAAUCCAAAUUUCCCUUACCUGGCCGAUUGCUUGGAACUGAAAAAGCAUGAGCGAGGGACGUUUCUGUCUACUAAGCGCGAUCUCAAGGCUGGAGACAUUAUCGCAAUUACGGAACCAAUAUUCCGCAUUCCGACCGGUUCAGUUUAUCGUUGUAACUACUGUUUGGCUGAUCAGUUCAUGAAUUUAAUUCCAUGUUCUGGAUGUGUUAAUGUUAUGUUUUGCAACGUAAUGUGUAUGAAAAAAGCAAUCGCAGAAUUUCAUCAAUUCGAAUGUGGCAUCACUGACAAUCUGUCCAUACCGAAAACUGGUUCGACCGUACUGAGAAUGAUCAUGAAGUGUGUAUCGAUUUGCGAUGGUUCAUCAAAACAAGUCACAGAGCUUCUUCCUCGCAAAAUGAAUCGGCUGAUUACACCUUUCAAUUUUCAACUUAACGAUCCGUUGCGCGUUUCGUCGCAGAAGAAUUUAUUGCUCUCCCAUUUCAGUAAGAGCCAACGAUUUGAUUAUGUGGACAACUCUCAUUCAGAUAAGACGUAUUCAGAGAUCCAACCAUUCUUACGACGUCAUCCGAAACUACAGCAAAUUGUAACAUCCGAUUUAUUCAGGAAUUGUGUUAAUCUGGUCGAUUGUUCCGAUAUGAAGAUUUUCAAAAGCGUUGACAGUAGAGUUUUAUCGGAGGUCAACAGCUACGCAGGAUUGUACAUAAACUUCUUUGGAGGCGCUAUCGAAUCGUGCUACAAUUUAUUCCUUCAUUCUUGCGCACCAACCGUUUUCCUGCAUCCAUACAAUGGGAAAAUCGUUUGGAUUGUUUUGACUCCAAUAAAGGCUGGCGAUUGGCUUACCGUUGCCUAUCAAAAUGCGUUCUUCAGCGAGAAAUCACGCGAAGACAGAAAGGCCGAACUGCCAACUGUGCUGUGCUGUUGUAAAUGUGUCGCCUGUGCUGGGAAUUGGAAACCGCUCAGUAUGGCUACUUUGGCACCAUUUUCUGUAUUAUCUCGUUCGUCAGAGGACGGAAUUAUCGCGUACAAGAAAUACUGUGAAGAAAUGAACAAUAAACCGUUAGACGAUAAGUGCAACGAUACACUUUGGUACACCAUUGGAUUAUUUCGAUGGAAUCUGUGCUCGAUCGGAAGAGCAACAUUUUAGAUUCAAAAAUCGUUUUAGCCCAAAAAGGUUAUUCUACAUGGACGCAAAGGAGUAUACAUGAGACGUGAAUUGAAUAAGUCGGAGUAUUUUAUGUAAAUAGAUUUUUGUGUGUGCAAUAAAAACGAAGUCAACGAACGCAAAGUGUUUUCAGAUAAAUUGA